UCUUGCCAUCUUGUCGAGUGGUUGGGUCCGGAGAGCGGCAGGCAGGAGUUAGCUCCGCGUUAGCUUUCUGCCGCUGUGGUAAAGUGGUUAUCUGUCAGCUAGCUGCUACGAGCAGCUGCCAAAAGUGAGCUGUCCACACGACGAGAAGCAAAACUUCACAGACUUUGAGAGGUUUUCUCCGUCUACCGCUGGAUUAUGUACUCUUUUUUUGGAAAGAUAAUGGAUUUGUUUACAUCAUGAUUUCUCACAUGCUGGUACCGAGGUAGGGGGAACUAGCUACCAUCAGCUAACUUAGCUAGUCGGUGAUAAAUACAGAGCUGAGUGAGAAGAGUGGGCUGAGACCGGGCCCGCCUCAGACUAAAGUACCGGUGGCAGCAGCUGAACAAGAACUUUGACAAGGGCCUGUUUGCAACUCCGCAGUCGGGACACGGGGAAGGCCGACCGGGUGUCAGAGAGAGGCCGGAAUAGGAGCACCAGUCACCAGCGUGCUGCGACCGCACACGGCGGACCAUUUCGGGAGUUUGUAGGGGUCUGGCUUCGGUUGUGACACUUUUCUCCGACAAGAGGGAGGAAGGGAUACGGAAUGGAAAUGUCCUGUGACUGUACGUGUCUGUGUCACAUCCGUCGGCUGUGAGUUACUUUGGCAGGACAUUAAGUCCAGCACUUUGUUUCAUCUGGAAGAAGACAGACUUUACGCAGGUAGUCAACAUGUCGAAAAUGCCGGCGAAGAAGAAAAGUUGCUUCCAGAUCACGAGCGUAACGCAGGCUCAGGUGGCGGCCAGCAGCAUCACUGACGACACUGAAAGCCUCGACGAUCCGGACGAAUCCCGGACAGAGGACGUGUCGUCGGAAAUAUUUGACGUCGGUCGGGCCGACCUAGGUGCAUGUGAGCGGAGUUCUUCCGAGGAAACCUUAAACAACGUAGGGGAGCAUCAGGAGGCUCAGCCGCCCACCACGGCCCCUGUAAACGGGGGACUCUCUUAUAAAAGUAUAGGCACUGGUCGUGCCACUCCACAUCAUUUAGGAGGGCCUGUGCCAGCUACAACUCAACCCUUUGUCCCGAGCUCAGCCACCCAUCCGUCAGUCAUCAAUACAGUCCCCGCUGCCACUAUUUCCACCAGUGUAACUCACACACCCGUGAACAGCAGCUGUAUUUCCCGUUUCAGGGUCAUUAAACUUGACCAUGGCACUGGAGAACCCUUCAGACGGGGCAGGUGGACGUGCACUGAGUUCUACGAGAGAGAUUCUGAUUCAAAUGUUAAUCGAACUGUGGAUAGCAUAAAGCCAACUGUGACCCUCGAUCACAGUAUAGACCGGGACAGUGGGCUCGGGCCCACCAGUAACUCUGUGGUCACUAGCAGUGCUUUUUCUGCACAGACUUUGGAGAACACCACGGACAGUGGCUACUCCACCGUGCACCACCCAGUCCACCCUCACCCUUCAGAGCUUCUGCAGCAAGGCUACAGCUGGGCUCCUCAGGUAGGGAGCGGAGCAAGUGCCUUCCAGUCCACGGGGUAUACAACUACAGCAUCGCAGCAACCACAACAGGCUCAGGUCAAUAUGCAGCCUGUUGCUCCCCAGAACUUCCUCUCGAACAGCCUCAAUGGUGUGCACCCCGGUGCCGUGCAUCAGAAGACUCCCGUUAUGCUUCCUGCCAUGCAGGCCCAGCAGUUUGCCUAUUCUACUCAUCCUACUGGCCUCUCAACUGGUCAGCCGGACUAUAGUCAGCAGCACUUUGUCUCAAGCACUCAGAACCUUCCCAUGUCUGCUCUCCCCGUGGGGCCUUCAACUAGCCAGGUACCAUCGCCUCUAAUCACCCCUGCUGGUCCGGGAGCCCAAGGGCUUGGUGGAGAGGCAGCCUCAGCCCAGGGUCUCCUGCUGCAAGUAGGGAAUACAUCAGCCAUGGCACCCAUCCUCCCAGGAAGUGGCCAACAGCAGCAUGCGGGCCAGACUCAGCCUUCAGGAGGGUUAGGCGCAGCCCCUGCACCUUCCACCACCUCCCACAGCGGUGUCCAGAACGCACCUGCCACAGUGCCCAGUACCACCAUCACCCCUCCAGGAGUGCAAAGUCAGACACCGGGCACAGGAGGACUUGUCAUGCCCUACGGAGCCCACGGAGGAGCAACAACAAGCCUUCCCUCCAUCUUCAGUUACCAGACAGAAGAUAACCGGUCCAUUGUGGUGGCAGGGAAAGACGGUGUCAUGCCUUUCAUCGGCGGGGGCCUCAAUCUGCCCAGUCCUGCUGUCAACAGCCUGUUUGGCAUCCAUAUUACAAUGGAUGUGGAUGAGGACAGUGCAUCCGGUGCCAGCGUCGUCGCUAUCGAUAACAAGAUCGAGCAAGCAAUGGACUUGGUGAAGAGCCACCUGAUGUAUGCUGUUCGCGAGGAGGUGGAGGUGUUGAAGGAGCAGAUCAAGGAGCUGUACGAGAGGAACUAUAUGUUGGAGCGCGAGAACGCCGUGCUGAAGUCGCUGGCCAACACGGAUCAGCUGGGCCAGGUGUCCAGUCAGCUCAACCAGGGCAGCAGCACGCCUCCGCAGCAACACGUCGCAAACGACAACAACAACGGCCCCGUGGCUCACCACGAGGGGAGUCAGAGCGUCCCCCAUCAGCCCAACAUCACCUCGGCAUGAUCCUCGUUUCCCCUCCCCCCCCCCGAAAUACACACGCUCAAACACACACCUCCCAUGGACAGGAGUGGAAGAUCCCGUUAGUAAAGACAACAACUGCUACCGUCCCCGUAGCUUCAUAAAGCAAAAAGGUUCGACUCUGCGUUCAAUAUGCUCCAUUUGAGGAAAGCCACAGCAUCUUCGUUUGCUACCAAGAGCCAUGCUUUUGAUGCGCGCUCGUCGCCGGGCUUCACAUAAUUAAGACAUUUACCACCCCUCGAAAAGUCUUAUUCUGUCCCAGCGGUCGGCAGGGGAGCCGGUGCACACCGAGAAAAACUGCAUGUUGUUCUUGUGCAGGAGGACGAGGUCGACGGGCUCGGUGGAGCUCGAUUUGUUGGGGCAACAAGUGGUGGAAGAGGGGUGAUGCAACCCUGACAUCCGGUAGGGUCCCUCCUCCCAGUAUCCCUGACCCCCACAUCGCUCCAGGGCUGGAAGAGGCUAGGGAGCCCCCCCCACCCCCCCGAGAGAGGAGCAGGAAGCCGGCGGGUGCCUCGGCUUUGUUAUAUGCUGCAACAAAAAGCUUGUGUUGUUUUCUCAGAGCCACCGUACUUUGACAUGAAUCAUAAUACUUUUUUUCUUUAGUUCAGUUUUAGUAUUUGCAUUUAUUUAUUUCAGGGCUGCUAUUUUCAUAAUGUAAAUGAACAAUGUCAUGGAUAUACUUAUUAACAAAAAAAAGAUUAAAAAAAAGCCUUUUCUCUUUGGUCUUUUUGGUAUUUUAGAAACUGUCAGGUAUUACAUUUGGUUGUCUCAUCGCAGCAACUAGAUCUCAAUAAAGUAGGCAAUAAGUUCCAUAACCGAAAAUGUUCUCCUCAUGAAAUAGUGCUAACACUAAAGCCGAGCGUACAUUAGGUGAAAUCCAGGUUGAAUGUAUAUUUUGUAAAGUAUCGAGAGAAAGGAGGGUUUGUACAGGAGGAGCACCUGUUGUUAAGAUGUGAUGGGAUGUUUCCAUAAAGAAAUCUAUUAAUUUACUUUUUUUUUUUCUAGAAUUUCUUAGUCAAAACAAAAUACAGAAAUGAAUUAAGGGGUUUAGUCUGGGUGAUGAAAAGCUGUGAAAAUGGUUCGACCUACUUUAUAACCAAAGACGCAAAGCUGUGUAAGUCUUUUUUUUUUUUUUUUUUUUUUUCAUUUCAAUGCACACAACUAUUUUUUUUCCUACUUUCUCCUUCCCUGUGUUUGUUUUUUUUGUUGCUGUUUUGCAUGUUCUGCAUGAUCUAUAAUCAAACCACUUUCUUACCUCAUAUUUUUAUCCAGCACUCUUAUUUUGUGUUGAGUUGUCCGUCUGUGAAUGAUUGUGAAAGAGAACGGGAACAACGGGCAGAGGGGGGAGUAGUCGAGGGUGAGAAUACAAAAUCAGAAUGGCGAGGUGUUUGUGUCGUGCACAAAAUAUAAGUCGGAGAAGGAGCAGUCUUUUUUUGUUUUCGCGUCAAUGCUGUGUCGACUUUCAUAUGCAGAGAAAAAGGUUUUGCUCCGUUGCAGAUUUUAAUGUAUUUACUGAAUGCAGCAUUUAGAUUUCGAUUGUAGUGUACCAACACUUUGCUUACAAAAAAAUAAUAUACGCCGAAAAAUAAGACAAUGGAAACUAUUAAACAUUUCACACUUUAAAAAGCUGGAACCCAGUCAAUUGUGUGUCUGUGUGUGUGUGUGAGCAUAUUAUGGGAUGUCCUGUACGUGUCGCGUCUUUUGUGCCUCCUGUGCCGUCGCCUGCUGUCGUCGGGUCGAUUCGGUUUCUUUCUCUGUGGCUUGGAACCAAACCAAAAUGAUUGGUAACUGUACAAUCAGUCAUCUUUGACUCUUUGAUUUUCUUUUUCUUUUUGCAAACAGGCUUCUUUCUUCUUCUUUCUUUAGAGUAUUCUUUUCUGUUCUUUCAUUUGAAGGAGAUGCCGUGUACAUGCCAAGUGUACUGUAUGAAAGUGAUCACUGAGCCUUGGAGAAAAUAUCUUAACAAUGCCCUUGUAAUGUGCUGUUCAGACAAUUUUAGUUUUCAGUCAAAAAUAAAUUACUGUUUUAUUAAGA